GAGAGAGGGAGGUCGCCCAAAUAUGUCUGCAAUAAUCUCUUCCCUCUUUUUCCCUUUUCAAUUUCUUCCCUUCCUCUUUUCUUUGUUGACGGCAACGGUUAUCCGUUUCUCUCUCUUUCUCUCUCCCUUUCCUUCGAAACCCUAAGCGGCGUCAGGUUUAUGAGGGCGGAGAAUUCGCUGGCGAUGGUGAGCGGGAGAUGCUGCGCGAUCAACGUGGACGGUGGUGGUGGUGGCAACAUCUUCAAUUUGACAAGAGGUGCUCAGUCAUGGAUUGCCCAGGGCCAGUCGAUCUCCACCGGUAGCAGCGCCGGGGGCUCGCCUUCCAGCGCAAGCGGGCCGGUUAUCGCAACUAAACCAGGUGAUACCGCUGCCUUCGCCCGGAUCAACCGCCUGGACGUCCACCGUGAUGUUGAUGAAGGGUCGCCGUCGAAUCUAAGGGGGAAGAAGAAGAAGAGCAGGGGGCCGAGAGCAGUAGCGGGUGAUAAGAGUGGCAGGGGACUUAGGCAAUUCAGUAUGAAAGUAUGCGAGAAGGUCGAGAGCAAGGGUAAAACUACAUACAAUGAGGUCGCUGAUGAACUUGUAGCAGAAUUUGCAAAUCCUAGCCACAUUGAAUCUCCUGAUCAGAAACAAUUUGAUGAAAAAAAUAUACGCCGGAGGGUUUAUGAUGCCCUAAACGUUCUUAUGGCCAUGGAUAUUAUAUCAAAGGAUAAGAAGGAAAUCCAAUGGAAAGGGUUGCCUCACACCAGCUUGAGUGACAUCGAAGAGUUAAAGGCUGAGCGCAUGGCCCUGAGAAGCCGUAUUGAAAAGAAGACUGCUUACUUGCAAGAACUUGAGGAACAGUUUAUUGGUCUUCGGAAUCUUGUUCAAAGGAAUAGACAGUCACGUUCAAUCCCAUGGCUUGCUUUACCAUUUUUGUUAGUUCAGACACGAAAACAUGCGCAUGUUGAGGUGGAAAUAUCUGGAGACACGCAGCUGGUUCAUGUUGACUUCAAUGGCACCCCAUUUGAAUUGCAUGACGAUGCCCAUGUCCUAAAGGCCAUGGGACUCUGUGGGACACCAUGCAAGGAUACAGCGCUUGAAGUUGCAACGGCAAAUGGUAGCAACAUGCUUGGUAUUUUGCAGCAUCCAUUGCCACUACCGUCAAGAUCAAAUGCAGCAGGCGCGCCUUCCUCCACACCUCCUAUCCCUGGUAUUCUCAAAGUGCGUCCUAAGCAUGAACAUCACCUAUGAUUUGUUGCCCGGUUCAGCAUAUAGUAAGGGUUAUUCUUCCAUUCAUUUGAAGAAGGGUUAUCUUCCCUUUUGUACAGUGUAAAUUAGGAUCAGGCCAAUUCAAAGGCCUGCUUCCUGCCUGAGAGGAGCAUUAUCACAGUGGAACCAAAUGCGAUACAGUUUUCUUGUUUUCCUUGCUCUAGUGUAAAUUGCACCAAAGUUCCAUUUAUUUGUCUCA